AAUGGCGUCUCUCUCGUGGGCUAUGUUAGCCUUAACCCAAACCCAAUCAACCCAAAUGGACAUGGUGGAGUUCUGGUCGAGAUCAGAGCGAACCGGGUGGUUAAUAAAACAGGGAGAGCACAUCAAGACAUGGAGACGCCAGUGGGUCGUUCUGAAACGAGGGAAGCUCUUCUGGUUCAAAGACUCCACCGUGACACCUGUGUCUAAGCCACGUGGCGCUAUCCCGGUUGCCUCUUGCUUGACAGUUAAAGGAGCCGAGGAUGUGCUUCAUAGACAGUACGCUUUUGAGUUCUCUACAAGGAACGACACCAUGUAUUUUAUUGCAGAUUCUGAGAAGGAAAAGGAGGAUUGGAUUAAUUCGAUCGGAUGGUCUAUAGUUCAGCACUCGAAAUCCGUCACUGAUUCUAAGAUCGUUGAUUACGAUGGUAAAACAUGAUUAUGGUUAUGAUUAUAUAUACAUAUAUGCUUACGUGUUACAAUUUUGAUUUUUUUUUGGUAUGCAAGAAUUCUUGAUUAAGGGGUGAUAAUCAUAUCUUUAUUAAUUGGUUGAUUGCGUAAUUUAUGGUAAAUGUUAAUUAAGUUUGGGAUUU